ACCCUCCCCGUUUCCGAUCCACCCGUCCAAUUAUAAACCAUAUGCUUUUAGUUGCCAAUUCAACGCCUGAUCACGGAGGAGAGGAGAAGGGAGAGGGAAGCAUCACACGAAAUUAAAUUGGGAGAUGGCUUCUCCUCACCAAAUCCCCCGCUUCUACCUAUGGCUAGCCAGAUAUAGCUGACCACUUACUCCUUCCUCUCCAUAAAGCUUAGCUCCCUUUGCUGCUCAGCCAGUGCCUCUGUCUCUCACGCACCACCGAUCGCGCCGUCAUGGCAAACCGUCGCAAGUUCUCGCAGGCGGGGGGCGGCGGCGGCGGCGGGGUGUUCGACGCGUUCGGGACGAAGCAGGCCGUGUCGUCGCUGCGGAAGGGCGGGCGGCUGCCGGUGUACGUGGCGGGCGUCUUCUUCGUCAUCUUCGUCAUCAUCAUGUACGGCGAGGACAUCCGGUCGCUCACGCUGGACCCGAUCGAGCGCGCGGGGAGCACGCCGCGGACCGAGGAGACUACGUUGAAGGGACGCCACGUCGCCCGGGUCAACCCUCCCCGGCGCGACGUCGCGUCGGCGGAGAAGGCCGCCGCGUUGCCGCUCGACGUCGACGAAAGGCCGAGGCAGGUGACCCCGACGCCGACGGAGGCGGCGAAGGAGGUCCCGAAGGUCGAGAAGGUCAGUAAGCCGAAGAAUCCCAAGGCGAAGAAGAAGAAGACGAGGAGGCAGCGGCCGGCGAAGAAGACGGUGGCGGCGGGCCUGCUGGGCGUGCCGGAGACGUGCGACCUGUCCAAGGGCGAGUGGGUGUUCGACAACACCAGCUACCCGGUGUACCGGGAGGAGCAGUGCGAGUUCCUCACGUCGCAGGUGACGUGCAUGAGGAACGGCCGCCGCGACGACACCUACCAGAAGUGGCGGUGGCAGCCCAAAGACUGCUCCCUGCCCAGGUUCGACGCGAAGCUGUUCAUGGAGAGGCUCCGAGGGAAGCGGUUCAUGUUCGUGGGGGACUCGCUAAACCGGAACCAGUGGGAGUCCAUGGUGUGCCUGGUGCAGUCGGCGAUGUCGCCGGGGAAGAAGUACGUCACCUGGGAGGACCAGCGGGUCGUCUUCCACGCCGUGGAGUACAACGCGACGGUGGAGUUCUACUGGGCGCCGUUCCUGGUGGAGUCCAACUCCGACGACCCCAAGAUCCACAGCAUCCAGCACCGGAUCAUCAAGGCCGACGCGAUCGCGGCGCACGCCGACAACUGGCGCGGCGUCGACUACCUCGUCUUCAACACCUACAUCUGGUGGAUGAACACCCUCAACAUGAAAAUCAUGAGACCGGGCGGGCAGAGCUGGGAGGAGCACGACGAGGUCGUGAGGAUCGACGCGUACCGGCGGGUGCUGACGACGUGGGCGAGCUGGGUGAACGAGAACGUCGACCCGGCACGCACGUCCGUCUUCUUCAUGAGCAUCUCCCCUCUUCACAUCAGCCCGGAGGUGUGGGGCAAUCCGGGAGGGAUCCGGUGCGCCAAGGAGACGAUGCCGCUGCUCAACUGGAACGGGCCGAUCUGGCUGGGCACGGACUGGGACAUGUUCCACGCCGCGGCCAACGUCUCCCGCGCGGCGGCGCCGCGGGUGCCCAUCACCUUCGUCGACGUCACCACCAUGUCGGAGCGGCGCAAGGACGGGCACACCUCCGUGCACACCAUCCGGCAGGGCCAGGUGCUGACGCCGGAGCAGCAGGCGGACCCGGGCACCUACGCCGACUGCAUCCACUGGUGCCUCCCCGGCGUCCCGGACAUCUGGAACCUCAUCCUCUACACCAGGAUCAUGUCCAGGCCACAACUGGUAUAGCAGCUGAACAGUUUACAGAGACAAAGAUUACGCAUAGGCAGAUCGAGGGAGGAAGCUUGUAGGCUGGUUGGUUAUACGCAUCAUCGUACUGAAAAGAGAUUUUUUUUUCUCUUCAUCUUUUCUUCACAUUCUUUUCUGGCCGUUUCACCUGCUGUCAGAAGAUGUCUUUAUUUGUUCUUUUUUCUUCGGGGGGUAGGUUAAGUGGGAAGAGAUCGAUACAGUAAUAUGGUUAUAUAUGGCUAAUGGGAUGGCCAUGCGUGCGUACGUGCCUGCGUGCACUGAUGCGCUGUAAGGCUCCUGAUCAAAGUGUACAUUGGGGAAGAAAAAGGUUAAAAGUGAAAGAGAUGAACAGAUA